AUGUCCUCCCACCCGAACCGGCUCGAUGUCAAGGUCGAGCAACUACGUGCGCUGUAUACGCAGUUCCAGACUUUGCUGGACGAAAAAGUCGCGCUCCAUCUCCCGGAGGAACAGGACGCCGUGAAGCGCGAAGUGCUUGUACAGCUGCAAAAAUACCUCGUGGAGAGCUUCGAGAUGGUCUCGGGGUCCUUGCACGUGGUAAACGGUGCCGCGGGGGCCUCAUUGCGCGAUCUGAUCGAGCAGUCGCGUAACCAGUUCGUCGAGCCGUUUGACCUUGAGCUCAAUGAGCAAGUGCGCCAAAAGUACCAAGAAUGGGAGGACGAAACCGUCAAAGUUGCCCAGUUGCGUUGCGACGUGCCGAAGCGGGUCGGCCAGGGCUACCAGGAGAGCAUGCGUGACGCUCUGCGCGAGGCAGACGCCACUAUCGAUUCCGUUUCGCAGCCUGUGCUGGACGCUAGUAGCGACAUCGACGAAGAGGACGCCAAUACUGCGUUGGGUGGUCCACAGGACCGCCAAGCCCUCCUUGCAGACUAUCGCGAGUCUCUCAUCCGCAUACGCGAUGCGCAGCAAUUGCUGCCGGCCAGCAAAGCCCGGCUGCGCAAAAUCCAAAGCCUCGUCAUGUACCUAGAAUCCGAGACCGAUCAAUCUGACUCAAUUUGA